AUGUUGCAGCAAUGUGGCAACAGCAUGAGCACCAUCACCAUCUACAGCAGCGGCAGCAAAUGUGUGCCACAUACCAACAGUUGGCAUAUUGUUAGACGCAUGAACAAUAUAAUGCGCAGCAAGGCGCUGCAGCAUACACAUACAUAUAUGCCAUUUAAUAAGGGUGGAUGGCUGUCUGCCGGUCACAUUUCACCCGCUUUAUCCACAGCGUCUUCAACCGCUAUUUCUUCCUUCUCAUCGUCUUCCGCAUUGCCCAACGGGGCAAGCGCUUCAUCGUUUAUGCCUUCAACACUGCUAUUCACCACAUAUCAUGACAUACAAGUCGCGAACAUUACACGGCCGACUGGUAGUCCACAAAUCGAAGUCAUCGUCAAAGAUCUCACCGAAACGAUGGCCAUCGAUUUCUAUUAUGCGCGCAAUCUAAUUUGUUGGGCUGAUUGUGGACGCGAGGUUAUCGAAUGCAUAAAUGUGAAUACUUCGGUGCCGUUGGUAAAGGCACCCAAACAAACUGUGAUAUCUGCGGGUCUCGAUAAACCCGAAGGACUCGCCAUCGAUUGGUAUACGGAUAAGUUGUAUUGGACGGAUGGCGAAAGAAAUCGCAUCGAAGUAGCCACGUUGGAUGGUAAAUAUCAGAAGGUGCUCUUUUGGACGGAUUUGGAUCAGCCGCGCGCUAUUACGGUGGUACCUUCAAAGCGCCUACUCAUUUGGACCGAUUGGGGUGAGUAUCCGAGAAUAGAACGCGCCAGCAUGGAUGGUGAUCCAUUGACACGCAUGACAAUUGUGAAGGAUAAUAUCUUUUGGCCCAACGGUUUGGCCGUCGAUCUGAAAAAUGAUGUCGUUUACUGGGCGGAUGGUCAUUUAAAAUUUAUCGAUGUCAUGAAAUUUGAUGGCAGCAAUCGUCGUACAGUUGUUGGUAACUUGGAUUAUCCUUAUAGCGUAACGUACUUCAACAAUCGUCUGUUUUGGACCGAUUGGUCUAAGGGCGGCUCACUAAAUACUUUCGAUAUAAAAACACGCGAGUUGCGCGAGCUCAUCGAUACACCAGAAGCACCGAUUACUUUGCGCACUUGGGAUCCUUCACUGCAACCGUUCGAAGAUAACCCCUGCGUGCAUAACAACGGCAAUUGCUCACACAUUUGUCUGCUUUCAACAAAUGCAAAGGGUUAUAGUUGCGCUUGUCCGACGGGUGUGCAAUUGGAAACAGAAACAACUUGCGCAAAUGGCUCACGUGAAAUGCUAUUCAUCGUGCAACGCGGUCUGCUUAGCAAAAUUUCUUUGGAUAUGCCGGACUUUACAGUGUUCCCAUUGCCAUUGGGGAAAGUGCGUUAUGCAAUUGCAAUCGACUAUGAUCCGGUGGAAGAGUACAUUUAUUGGUCCGAUGUAGAGGCAUAUGCGAUACGUCGCGCACAUCCAGACGGCACAGGCAUACAAGAUUUUGUGACGUCCGAAGUGCGCCAUCCCGACGGUUUGGCCGUGGAUUGGCUCGCACGCAAUCUGUAUUGGACCGACACAGUAACCGAUCGUGUAGAGGUAUGUCGUUUGGAUGGUACGGCGCGUAAAGUACUAAUCUAUGAAGAUCUAGAAGAACCGCGUGCCAUUGCGCUUGCACCGUCGCUUGGUUGGAUGUUCUGGAGUGAUUGGAACGAAAAGAAACCAAAGGUUGAGCGUGCAUCACUGGAUGGUUCCGAACGUGUGGUGCUUGUAUCCGAAGACCUUGGUUGGCCGAACGGUAUAGCUUUGGAUAUUGAAGCGAAAACCAUUUACUGGUGUGAUGGCAAAACCGAUAAAAUCGAAGUCGCCAAUAUGGAUGGCUCUGAUCGGCGUGUCGUCAUAAGUGACAAUCUGAAGCAUUUGUUUGGCUUGAGUUUACUGGAUGACUAUCUUUACUGGACCGAUUGGCAACGGCGCGCCAUCGAUCGCGCACAUAAAAUUACCGGCAACAAUCGUAUAGUCGUCGUUGAUCAAUACCCAGACCUCAUGGGACUGAAAGUAUCACGUUUGCGUGACGUCAAGGGCUCGAACGCAUGUGCGGUACGCAAUGGCGGCUGCUCACAACUUUGCCUUAACCGUCCCAGUGACUACGUCUGCCGUUGUUCGAUCGAAUAUGAGUUGGCGAACGAUAAGAAGACAUGCGUCAUACCCGAAGCAUUUCUGCUAUUCUCGCGGCAAGAGCACAUUGGACGUAUUUCCAUUGACAACAAUGAAGGUAAUCACAAUGAUGAAAAAAUACCGUUUAAGGAUGUGCGCGAUACGUACGCUUUGGACGUGGAUGUGGCCGACCGACGCAUCUAUUGGACGGAUCAGAAAUCAAAAUGUAUUUUUCGCGCAUUUCUGAAUGGUUCUUUCGUACAACGUAUUAUUGAUACUGGUCUUAUAUGUCCCGAGGGCAUUGCGGUAGACUGGCUAGCGCAUAAUAUUUACUGGACCGACUCGGAAGCGCGGCGCAUUGAAGUUGCACGUUUAGACGGCACUAGUCGUCGCGUGCUGCUGUGGAAGGGCGUAGAAGAACCACGUUCGUUGGUAUUGGAACCCAAACGCGGUUAUAUGUAUUGGAUCGAAUCACCAUCGGAUUCGAUUAGACGUGCCGGCAUGGAUGGCUCUGAACUACAAACCAUUAUAUCGGGUGCGAAUCAUGCCACCGUACUCACAUUGGAUCCGGAAACACGACGUCUCUACUGGGCGACACAGUCGGGUCCGACAAAAAUCGAAUCUGCUGACUGGGAUGGCAAAAAGCGUCAGGUACUGAUCAACACCGAUGUCGACGAACCCUGUGCGAUGUCGCUAUAUCAAGACUAUGUCUAUUGGAGUGAUUGGAAUACGGGCGAUAUUGAACGUGUGCACAAAAUAACUGGACAAAAUCGUAGUCUCGUGCACAGCGGCAUGACGUAUAUACGUUCGCUGUUAAUAUUCUAUCAAAAUCGUCAGGUGGGCACCAAUCCAUGCACGAUCAACAAUGGCGGCUGCUCGCAUUUGUGUCUGGCGCAACCGACGCGUCGUGGCAUGGUGUGCGCUUGCCCAACACACUACACUUUGGCUAAGGAUAAUGUGUCCUGUCUGCCACCCAGAAACUACAUCGUCUAUAGUCAGCGUAAUAGCUUCGGUCGGCUGUUGCCCAACACCAGCGAUUGUCCGAAUGUGCCGCUGCCCGUGGUGGGAAAGAAUAUACGCGCGGUGGAAUAUGAUCCAAUUUCACAUAACAUUUUUUGGGUUGAAGGUCGCAGCCAUAGCAUUAAACGCUCGCUCGCCAACAGCAGCUACAUUAAGAUCUUAGUAGGUUCGGGUGCGCAGCCUUUCGAUAUUGCAAUUGAUGUGAUUGGUCGUCUGCUCUUCUGGUCCUGCUCGUACGCAAACACCAUUAAUGUAACGAGAUUCGACGGCGACUCAAUAGGCGUCAUCGAUACUGGCGACUCAGAGAAGCCGCGCAAUAUUGCCGUACACGCCAUGCGACGUCUACUCUUUUGGACCGAUGUGGGCAGUCAACAGGCCAUCAUACGUUCGCGUAUUGAUGGCGCUGAACGUGUAGUGCUCGCCUUUAAGUUGGAAGGCGUCACAGCUCUGGCGGUGGAUCAACAAAGCGAUAUGGUCUACUAUGCGCAUGGCAAGCGCAUCGACUCCAUGGACAUAAAUGGCAAAAAUAAAAAAAUACUAGUUUCCACGCAAAUCUCGCAAGUCAUCUCGCUAGCUGCGCUGCAGGGUUUCGUCUAUUGGUUGGAUGAUAAAACCGGCGUGGAGCGUAUAACCGUCAAUGGUGAUGGUCGUCGGCCGGAAAUACAACGCCUACCACAAAUUACCGAUAUUGUCGCCGUUUGGACGCCAGAGUCCAAACUGUUUCGCAAUCACACCUGUCUACACAGUCGCACCAAAUGCUCACACAUAUGUAUCGCCUCAUCAGAGGGACGCGCGCGUGAUAUUUGCUCUUGUCCGAAAAGUCUCAUGUUGCUUGAGGAUCGCCAGAACUGUGGCGCUUUGCCCGCCUGUGGCCCAGAUCAUUUUACCUGUGCGGCGCCUGUCAAGGGUGAUGGCUCCAGCAGUGAUACAAAUAAAGAUUGCAUACCAGCCUCGUGGCGCUGCGAUGGCCAAAGCGAUUGUCCCGAUAAAUCCGAUGAAGUUGGCUGUCCCACAUGUCGACCGGAUUUAUUCAGUUGCCAGUCCGGCGAAUGUAUCGAUAAAGAUCUAGUUUGCGAUGGCACCACCAAUUGUGCGAAUGGACAUGAUGAGGCGGACUGCUGUAAGCGGCCGGGCGAGUUUCAGUGCCCCAGCAAUAAGGUCUGCAUUUCGGCCACACUAGUUUGUGAUGGUUGGGAAAACUGUGCCGAUGGCGCUGAUGAAUCUGCUGAGAUGUGCUUGCAACCGAAUACACGCGCCAUGGCGCCUGCAUCGGAUAAGAAAGCCUUUAUGAUACUAAUCUUCGCCACCAUCGUCAUCAUUUUUUCCAUCGUUUAUCUGCUACAGGUUUGCCGCACUCGCAUCGGCAAAAGUCGCAACGAACCCAAAGAUGACCAGGCCUCUGAUCCACUCUCACCCUCAACACUCUCGAAAUCACAGCGUGUGUCGAAAAUCGCCUCCGUGGCCGACGCAAUGCGCAUGUCCACACUGAAUUCACGCAACAGCAUCAACUCGUAUGAUCGCAAUCACAUUACCGGCGCCUCGAGUUCAACCACCAAUGGCAGCAGCAUGGGCGCUUAUCCCAUUAAUCCGCCACCCUCGCCAGCGACACGCUCACGUCGUCCUUAUCGUCAUUAUCGCAUCAUUAAUCAACCGCCACCGCCAACACCCUGCUCCACGGACAUUUGCGACGAGUCCGAUUCGAAUUACACCAGCAAAUCGAAUAGCAACAAUAGCAACGGUGCCACGAAAAUUUCCUCAUCAUCGGCGGUCAUAUGCAUGCAAUAUCAGUAUGAUAGUGAGCCAUAUCCGCCGCCGCCGACGCCACGCUCCCACUAUCACAGCGAUGUGCGAAUAGUGCCGGAGUCGUCGUGUCCGCCGUCACCGUCGUCGCGUUCGUCAACAUAUUUCUCACCGUUGCCGCCGCCACCAUCGCCAGUGCAAUCGCCCAGCCGUGGUUUCACGUAACAUUUCGAGAUUUACUUGUAAAAAAUAAUAUUAAGCCCAAAUGUGCGUGUCGUGUGCAUAAGUAUAUGUGUGUCUGUUAGUUUUUUUGAGUGUUAAAAUUGCGUUUAAACAUAUUUAUAACGGUUUAAUGCAGACUUUAGUGUUUCUUUGUAUGUUUGUUUGUGUGUUUGUGCAUAUUCUUCCAUAUAAAUAUGAGUUAGUUAGUUUAAGAAUGUAACUUAGUUUAAUGCCAAUUGCAAUGACGUAACGUUCAUAUCAUGAAAAAACUGCUUCCGUUUACUUAUACCGUUACUUUUAACGAGUAUUCAUUAGUCCUAAGUGUAGUUAAUAUGAAAUUUGUGUGUUUGUUGUGCAUAUACACAUAUGCUGUAUAUUUAUGUUUUGCAACUUGUUUCUAGCUGCUAUAAACUGACCCUUGUCAAAAUUAGAAAUGAAAGUAUCAAUUUUAAAAUUUC